CAAUUCUGUUGCUACUAAUCUCUUAUCCAUGGCUUUGUGAAACUCCCAGUGGUAUAUCAGUGACUAUGAUCCAGGGGUCUUAUUCAUGUCUGGUUAGUGACAGAGGUGAUGGCAUUAAAGUUUGAAGCAUCAUGCCCACAAGGAUUCUGCCCAGGAUGGAGUGUGGUGGUUAAAGGAGAGUCCAGUUCCAGUGGAAACGACAGCUUUGAAAUCAACUUCCUUACUGAUUCAAUCGAUCAGAUUGCUUUCCAUUUAAACCCACGUUACUCUGAAGGCAGCAUUAUCUGUAAUUCCUUUUUGUCCAAUCACUGGGGACAGGAAGAACGUACUGAUAUCUUUCCCUUCGAGGCCAAUAAACCAUUCCAGAUUGAGAUCUAUUCGGACCGCGAGCAUUUCGAUGUAUUCAUAGAUGACAACAAGAUUAUACAAUACAAGCACCGCAUGGAGCAAUUCAGAGACAUUACCAAAGUGCAGAUCUUGAAUGACAUUAAUAUUUCUUCAGUGGAAGUCACCAGACGAGAGCUGCAUGAGUGAUAUAUGUUCCAACACACCAUGCAUACACCAAAACUUCAUCUUCAUAAUUUUUUACAAUCAGUAUUGUAAACCAUGGGGUUGAUUCGGUUGCAAUUUCAUUAUUAUUUGCAUGCUAAACAUAAAAGAAAUUAAAAUGCUAAAGAAACCUA